UCUGUUUGUCCCCGGUGAUGAUCUGUACUACUAGGCAUUGAGAAUCGAAUGAAAGCUAACAGGCUAAAUAGCUAAGAACCAAAAACGUGAGACGACGGAAUAAUAGGAAUCGUGCAGCAUGUCGGCAGAUACUAAAAUCGCUGAGCUUUUAACGGAGCUGCAUCAACUUAUUAAGCAGACACAGGAGGAGCGGUCACGUAGUGAACACAAUCUGCUCAACAUUCAGAAAACACACGAAAGGAUGCAGACGGAAAAUAAAACCUCUCCUUAUUACCGGACAAAGCUAAGGGGCCUCUACACUACAGCAAAAGCGGAUGCUGAGGCAGAGUGCAGUAUUCUACGUCAUGCUCUUGAAAAAAUUGCAGAAAUCAAAUCAUUGUUGGAGGAGAGAAGAAUAGCUGCUAAAAUGGCAGGUGUGUACAGUGAUCAUGACCCUCCAAGGAAGACAAUGAGAAGAGGGGUGCUCAUGACCCUACUCCAACAGUCGGCCAUGACGCUCCCUCUGUGGAUUGGCAAGCCAGGAGACAGCCCCCCUCCCCUGUGCGGGGCCAUCCCAGCCAGCAGUGACUACGUGGCCAAGCAGGGAGACAAGGUGGCAGCGCGGGUCAAGGCCGUUGACGGAGAUGAACAGUGGAUCCUAGCUGAAGUGGUCAGCUACAGUCACUCCACCAACAAGUAUGAAGUUGAUGAUAUUGAUGAAGAGGGGAAAGAGAGGCACACUUUGAGUAGGCGGCGCAUCAUUCCUUUGCCCCAGUGGAAGGCAAACCCAGAGACGGACCCCGAAGCCCUGUUCAGCAAAGACCAGCUGGUGCUUGCCCUCUAUCCUCAGACCACCUGCUUCUACCGAGCACUCAUCCACACACCCCCGCACAGGCCCCAGGACGAUUACUCUGUCUUGUUUGAGGAUACGUCCUAUGCAGACGGAUACUCCCCUCCCCUGAAUGUGGCCCAGCGCUAUGUGGUGGCCUGCAAAGAGAACAAGAAGAAGUAAUGGAUGGAAAACAAGGGAAAUGGAGGGGAAAACUAGCUCUAAUGCAAGGGACUUUGAUGAGGCAUAUGAAAACAUUUUUUCUGAGUGAUUACUCUUUCUAUCAAAAUAACACUAGAUUAAAUUGUCAUAUUAAGUUAGGAAACGUUAUUUAAAUGAAAUGGUGCCAUACAAAGUCAGGCUUUGUGGGGUCUUCCACACAUUCAUUCAGCCAUUUUAGCAGAGGUUUUGGAAAGCGUUAUAUUUAAUAUGUACAGACUUUCAGGGACAUUAAAGGAAACAAUGGAGGAUGCUGUGACAAAGUAUAAAAAAUCAUAAAAUAAAAAUUUUCAUUUCUCAUGA